CCUUAUUAGUUCAUGUGUUUUGCAAGAUCGUGUGCGGGACUUUCAGAGGGGCUAAGAUGCAGAUCUUCGUGAAAACCCUCACCGGAAAGACCAUUACACUCGAGGUCGAGAGCAGCGACACGAUCGACAAUGUGAAGGCGAAGAUCCAGGAUAAAGAGGGUAUUCCGCCGGAUCAGCAGCGCCUGAUCUUUGCUGGGAAGCAGCUUGAAGAUGGACGAACCCUUGCUGAUUACAACAUACAGAAAGAGUCGACUCUGCAUUUGGUGCUGAGGCUUAGGGGUGGUAUCAUCGAGCCCUCUCUGAUGGCUCUUGCUAGGAAGUAUAAUCAGGAUAAGAUGAUCUGCCGCAAGUGCUACGCAAGGCUGCAUCCAAGGGCUGUUAAUUGCAGGAAGAAAAAGUGCGGACACAGCAACCAGCUGAGGCCCAAGAAGAAGAUCAAGUAAACAAUGUUGCAGCCUAAGUAUGUGCUAGCAUAUCUACUGUGUUAGGACUUGGUACCUUUUGCAAGUUUCAUCUGGAUAUUAAUUAUGUGUUUGACUAUGAAUUUUUUUAUCUUCAGACAAAUUCUCUUUUGGGUACUGGAUUUGUUGCCAUCCUAUUGAAUAUUUUAGCUUUUUUUUCUAUUUCAGUUUGAUAUGAAUUUAGCAGUG